AUGAAAUCAUCCGGCAAAAAUUCCCCACCCCCAACACCACUUUCUGUCUCCUCUGACCACUCCUCACCCCUAAUUUCUUAUCAAUUUCGUUGGCCAACAAGAAAAUCACAACGACGGCGACGGAGACAAAUUAUGGAACCAAACUUUGGUUCAAGUUGUGAGGAAGACAGGGGUUCGAGAAGAAAUCCGAGAAACACAAGGAAUCCCCCACAACCUAAACAAACUCAGCCUCAACCAAAGCAUCAACGGAAAAUUUCAAAACAAGUCGUUUUCCGUCCCGGUUUUCGCCCAGGAACUCCUCCACCCUCUGUGCCGAUACGUGCACAGGCGCUUAGUUAUGAUCCUAAUCGUCUUGCACCUCCAAGUGCUUAUGAAAUUGGAUUGACUCAAUGGGAAGCUCCUCCACAUAAACGAGUUUGUAAGAUAGGAUCAAGUAAAUUGGGAAUUUUGAACUUUGUAUGGCUCUUUUUUAUUAUCUCUCCAAAACUAUGGCGAUAG